AUGCGACGAUAAAUUCUUGUGAAGUGAAAAAGAAAUAUGAUUCAAAAUUUGUCGAAUAUAACAUUGAGAAUUGGGUUUACCCAUAAUAUUUUAGCAUCGUUAUUGAGCUAUGAUGAUAGUAUUGAAAAUUAUAAAGUGAUUGAUGGUGAUGAAGCAAGAAUGAUGAUAGAAAUGAGUAAACAUUUUAACUUUUCCAUUCAAUGGAAACAUUCAAAACAAUUUGGUAUAUUGACUGAAAAUAAUACAUGGACUGGAUUGUUUGGUAUGUUUCAACAGAAUGAAAUCGAUUUAGCUAUUGGUGGUAUAUUGCAAACAUAUAAUCGACAAAUGAUUGCUGAUUUUUUAUAUCCACAUUUUAUUGAUAAAUCAACAUUUGCUAUUCAACCAUCGAAUACGAUUGAUUAUAAUUCAGAUUAUGUACGUUUCAACCUGUUGAUCAGACCAUUUACAUUGGAUGUUUGGUUAGCAUUUUUAUUCAUAUUAAUUUUAUUCGGAUUUUUGAAUUUUUUUCUCAAAUUGAUACCGAAUACGAAUAAAAAAAUCAAACAUAAUAUUAUUUGGAUAAAUCUUUGUCUACUUACCGGACAACCAUAUACAUUGAUGAAAUUCACACCGAUUUCUGUUCGAUUAUCUGCAAUAAUAUGGGCAUUCGGAAUAAAAAUCCUAUACAAUUAUUAUCAAGGUUCACUUUGUUCAAUUUUGACUAUUCAAGAUGAUAAUAUAAUCGAUACAAUCGAUGAAUUAGCAAUGGCAUCAAAAACCGGCUUGGUUUUACCAAUGUUGGUUAGCCAUUCAAGCAGUGCUUUAAUCUUAUCGGAAUCGCAAAUACAAUCAUAUAAAACAAUUUAUAAAAAUUCAAUAUCGAUAGCAGAUCGUUCAGACGGUUAUGAAUUGAUGAAUCACCAAAAACAGUUGCCAAAAUCAAAUAGAAAAAUUUAUGUUUUUAUUGGACCUCGACAAAAACUGGAAUUCUAUCGUCUUUACUAUGCUGAUCAACCAUUAUUCAUACCGCCAAUAUUGGAUCAAUCAAUAUUCAAUAUGGUCUUUUAUUCCAUACCAGUUCGUAAAGGAUUUGAUGUUUUUCAUGAAUUUUUCAAUGAAUAUAUUUGUCGAAUAAAACAUAGCGGUAUUCAUGAACAUUGGAAAUUAAUGGCCUUAAUAAAUGCCGUGAUGAAUGCUCGAUCCAAAUGGAAUAACAAUGAUGAUGAUAAUCUUGAUCAACAAUUCUCAUUGAAUCAACUAAACAGUAUAUUCUAUUCAUAUUUAAUUCUAUUGAUAAUCGCUAUCAUUGCGUUCAUGAUCGAAUUGAUUAAUCAAUUUCUCUUAUCAAUCGAAACAAAA